CACUACGAUGUCAUAUGACCUUUUUUCACUUCUGGAGUCUGUUGUUACUGCCGUGAAAUGGUUGUGUUGAAAGGAAUACCGUCAAUUCUUACGCCAGAAUUAUUGUAUGCUCUGGCAAAAAUGGGGCAUGGAGACGAAUUGGUUCUUGCAGAUGCAAAUUUUCCUGUAUCUUCUGUUUGUAAAUGUGGUCCUGUGGAGAUACGAGCUGAUGGUUUGCAUAUUCCUGAGCUUUUGGAAGCGAUAUUAAAGCUGCUUCCUCUUGAUACCUAUGUUGCGCUUCCGGCAGCUGUCAUGGAACUUGUGGAGAGCGACAGGCAGCGAGGUCUGCAAGUACCAGUUUGGCUUCACUACUCUAAACUUCUGAAACAAGCAGGAUCACAUGGGAAUUUGGACAUGAUUGAGCGGUUUGCUUUCUAUGAGCGUUCUAAGAAAGCUUUUGCUGUGGUGGCAACAGGUGAGACAGCUCUGUAUGGCAACCUCAUAAUCAAGAAAGGAGUCAUUCCUCCUGAAGAUGCUGACUGUUAAAAUGACAUCAGUUUACCGAAAGUACUGGACCAAAUAAUACUCCUGUGUUUGCACAGAUUAAAUGAUUUUAUUAUUUAUACGUUUUUUAAAAAUACUUUAACACGGGAGACAAAUUUGCUCUUUUUGCACAGUUACAAAAUGAAUGGCACAAACCCAGUGACUUUGAGUGUUUUCAGUUCUGUAUGUUCUUUUUUUUUUUUUUUUUUUU